AUGUUGCCACUAUCGCCAAGGAGAAGGACAUAUCCCAAUAACAUCGCCCAGUUCGAAAGACUCGCAAGCCAGAAGUCUCUGGACCUACCUAAAGGCGUUGAAUCCAGCACACUCAUAGGAGACGUUUCAAGACAGUAUCAAGGAGAUGGAAUGCAUCAGUUCCAUACGUACUCCCUCCCCAUGAACUCCACACCCCGACCCGAGACAUGA